AUGGUAGAUCCUUACUAUGAUACAUUUUUACGACUUAGUUGGAGACCAAUGAAAUAUUCAUUUGACUCAUGCUCAACAGACGAAGGAUACCAUACAGACGAAAGACCAUAUACAGACAAAGAAGCUCAUUCGAAUGAACCUGAAAUUCCAAUUCUAAAAAGCAACCAUACACUAAAAAUAUCUUAUUCCAAAUUGACGUAUACCCUUACACUAUCGAUCAUUAUUCUAUCUAUUUAUACAAUUCUUCGCCAACCAUUCCCAUGGAGACAGACAUUCCCACCUAUCUUUAUUCUCUUUCAUUUGAUAUUCCAUUUGACACAUCUAACAGCACAUCUAUUCAAUUGGUUAAAUAUCGAAAAACACUGCGUUGUCUAUGGCACAUGGUUAUACUGCACUGGUUGGUUAUUAGGCAAAUUCCUAUUCUCUGAAAGGCUCGCUGCAAGUGAUUUCUCCAAUCCAACAGGCUUAUUGUUUUGGCUACUGAUGUUAGAAAGAAGAAACGCCUGGGGAAUCAUCGUUUGGGAAUUUGUGAGUCGACUGGAUCAAAACCUGUAUUCCACACAUCGUCUAGAUACACACAGGCCACUCCGCCUUUGGGAAUUGGGCAGUGUACGACUACUGGCCUUUCGUAUCUGGUGUUUACUCGGUACAGGCUCCUUUUGGGGGCUAGUCUAUAUUGGAUUAGCCUAUAUGGAUGGAUUCCCAUUCAAGUACUUGCUUCAAUUCCAUCAUGUUUUAAAGUUACUGUGGAUCAGUACCAUUGGUGGUCUUAUCAUGAUCAUCUUUUGGAGUUUCUGGACAUUCCAGUAUAAAGGUGUCCUUUGGCAAAAAGAAUUAAGAAAGGGUAUCAUCGUGUGGUACAGUGAAGGUGUAGCCCACGCUGCUCAAGUCUUGUAA